CGUGCUCCCGUUUUUCGUUCAUCGUAGUUUUCCACCAGCUCGUCUCGAUUGAAAUUUUAAAUUGUCUACGAUUUCCACGACCAACUUUCUAUGCACUAUUAACGCUAUUUAAUAUAAACGGACUAUUUUCAUUAUGUUAAUACCUUAUAUAAAAUCAAUUUUCGUUUUUGACGUUUUUGUGGAUGUUUUUCCACUCACGUUGGUCAUUCGAACAUUAAACGGCGAAUUAUCUUAUUGAUAGCGGCGAAUGAUAACGACCUUCGGAGUGAUAACUGAUAACAGACUUCAAAUUCAUAAAUCAUCAUUGAUAUAUACUGUACUCACUACUCAUUAGUGAAUUGAUAACGGAUAACUAUUAAUUACUAGAUGGAUCUUUCUUAGAGCAAUCUAAUAUAGUUUUAAUUUUGUUCUUAAUUAUUCAUUAAUUAUUUUGGCUUUGCUUAUAAUAGGCUACAAUCCAAGUUUAGAAAGUCGUUUUGGGGCAUUUUGCUUGAAAACUAUUUUUCAAGUAUGCCUCCAAUGAAACCAUUUAGAGUUGGAAAACAAACCGGACCCAAAGAUAAAAAUAGAGGUCCCAGACAAUCAAAGUCAAGAGAAGAUAGUUUCAUAAAUGAUAAUGAUGGACCAUCUGGAUCAGAUAUUAAUUCCAAACGUCACCCUUCACAUUUGAAAGGACGUGAUAUAGGUAUAUGGUAUGCACGUCAAGCAAGCCGGAGAGAAGAUGAAGAAUUAUUAAAUGCUAAAAAGAAAGGUGAUGGUCCAAAGCUUAAGCCACCUCCCUAUUUGAAAGGUCGUGAUCUAGAUUUAUGGCACAAAGAACAAAAUCGAAUUUGGCAAAAAGCUCAAAAAAAAGAAAAGCAAAAAGAAUCGGGCAAAUGCUUUAUAAAAUUAAGAAUUGAAGGCAUUGGUCAUGUAGAAAUGAAGACCUCGGAGUUGGAUGCCGAAUUGCCUUUACUUGAAGAAAACAAUAAACUUAACUAUAGUAAAUCUUCAAAUUCUAAAAUAGAAUCGAUGAAUAAUAAAAGUUUUAGAAAUUUAAAUGUUUCAUCGUUGAAUGAUGAUAAUGAUAUUGAUGAAAAUGCUGAAUACAUUAUGGAUAGAUAUAAGAAAUUAGAAGAUUCAACUUUUAAAAGAAAAUUUUUAGACAACAUAACUGGCUCCAUUGAAGAUAAUCUCGCGGCAUCUGUACAAAGCAAUUCGAAAUUACAAAACGUCGAAAUGAGAAAUGCCGCUUUAAAAAAUGAACUUGAGGCUAAACGUAAAAAUCCUAAAUAUAGAUCCAUGUGUGAAAUUCGUAAAAAACUACCAUCGUACAGUAAAAGGGAAGAGAUUUUAGAUCUUCUGAAAAACAAUCAAGUUAUUCUAAUUAGUGGCGAAACAGGCUGUGGUAAGACUACACAAAUGGCGCAAUUUAUAUUAGAUGACGCUAUAAUGUCUGGUCAUGGAUCAACGUGCAGAAUUGUCUGUACCCAACCAAGAAGAAUCAGCGCUAUAUCUGUUGCUGAACGUGUAGCCGACGAGCGAGCAGAGCGUGUAGGAGAAGGAAGUGUAGGCUACCAAAUACGAUUAGAAAGGCGUCUAAGUCGUGAUUAUGGAUCAAUUCUGUUUUGCACUACGGGUAUUUUACUUCAGCAAAUUCAACAAGACUCAGCUUUGAAUUAUUACUCGCAUGUUAUCAUUGACGAAAUACACGAACGUGAUACUAUUAGUGAUUUCACUUUAACCAUUCUGAAGAGUAUUAUACCAGUGAGGCCCGACAUUAAAGUGAUACUCAUGAGUGCUACGUUAAAUGCAUCGGCAUUUUCUAGUUACUACAAUGAAUGUCCAUCAUUAAACAUACCUGGAUUUACUUUUCCAGUCGAAGAACUUUAUCUCGAAGAUAUAUAUUCCUUAAGUGGGUUCAGGUAUUUUCCCAAAAAAUUACCUCAGAGAAUUCGAAAAGUACGACCCGGUGAUCCAUUUGGUGAAUUUGUCAUUCCUUACGUCAAUGAAAUGAGACGAUCCAAAAAGUAUCCAGCAUCGAUUUUAAAUUGGUUAGAAACUCCCAUGUCAGAAGAUACGGAUUAUGAACUUAUAGGGGAACUUAUAAACUAUAUUUGUAAUAACAAAGAAGAUGGAGCGAUACUAGUAUUUCUUUCUGGAUGGGAUCAGAUAUCUAAGUUAACUAGAAUUUUGAGAGAUAAAGGCUUUGGAAAUACAUCGCGAUAUAUCAUGAUACCAUUGCAUUCCAUGUUACCCACAGUGUCUCAAAAAUCAGUUUUUGAUCCACCGCCCAGAGGGGUUCGUAAAAUAAUCUUAUCUACAAAUAUUGCUGAAACUUCGGUAACUAUAGACGAUGUCGUAUAUGUAAUCAAUAAUGGUCGUAUGAAGUUGAAAGGAUAUGAAGCUGAAAAUAAUAUUUGUACUUUAAAAGAAGAAUGGGUUAGUUUAGCUAAUGCCAGGCAACGUCGUGGUCGUGCCGGUCGUGUUAGGUCGGGAACUUGUUACCAUCUCUAUACUCGAGGGCGCGAAAGAUCGUUUGAUGAUUAUGUACUACCAGAAAUGAUGCGCACUAGUUUAGAAGAAGUCAUACUCCAAGCUAAAAUUUUACAAGUCGGUAUGGUAACGCCGUUUUUGGAAAAAGUCAUGAAUCCUCCCGAUAGUAAAUCGUUAGAAGUAUCUUUGAAGUUACUGACAGAUUUAAAUGCCCUCGACGAAAAAGAAAACCUUACGCCAUUAGGUUUUCAUUUAGCAAAAUUACCAAUCGGACCACUCGAAGGCAAAAUGAUAAUUCUAGGAGUGAUGUUCAGUUGUCUUAGUCCAAUCAUGACUAUAGCUGCCAGUCUAAAUUUCAAAGACCCGUUCUUUUGUCCAGUAAAUAAAGAACAGCAAUGUCGUGAAAUCAGAAAAGAGAUGGAUGAAGGUCAUCAGAGCGAUCAUCUUAUGGUCACGAGAGCAAUGAGCAAAUUCUUACAAGCCAAACAAAGCAAUAGGGGUUGGGAUUUUUGUAGGGAAAAUUUUCUAAUGUUCAACACUAUGAACAUGCUACACGAAUUAAAAUCGCAGUACGCUAGAUAUCUGUGCGAUCUUGGAUUUAUCAAGUCUACUAAUUACGCGGACCACGAGUAUAACAUGAACUCAAAUAAUGUUAAGCUUUUGAAAUGCGUUUUGGUUGCUGGUUUGUGUCCUAAUAUUGCGGUUUCUCAAUCAAAAGUUAAAACAAGCGGACGAAAGUUAUCAAAGUUCGUGACUGCUGAAGACGGCAAAGUCGAUGUACACCCUAAAUCUGUAAACGCAGGCGACUGCUACUUUGAAAGUCCAUUGUUGUUGUAUCAUACAAAAUUGAAAACUAGUUCCAUAUUUUUGCAUGAUACCACUAUGGUUUAUCCAUUUCCAUUGGUCUUAUUCGCAAACAGUCUUAAAGUUACCGGAGAAAAGACCGAUCACGUAACAUUUAGCCUUAAUUCUCAAAUUCAUUUUACUACUUCCGCUAGGACAGCUAAUUUUAUUAAGACUGUUCGAAGUAGGUUAAAAUGGCUUAUUGAUUAUUUGAUGUCUCAUCCGGAAGACAUAAGUUUCGAUUCAAAGUCCAUCAGCGGAAAAGCACUUAAACUUGUUGUUGAUCUUGUAUCAGCUGAAGACCAUCCAGGCGUAUUGGAUUUUUCUCAUUUAUUUUGAAGUAUUAAAUAACGACGACAUAUUUAUUUAUUUGAACGCUUUUGUUAAAAAAAAAAUAUGUUUUUUUU